AUGGUUCGUGUUCAAUAUUUCUGCAAUCGCUUGAAAACUCCAGGAGAUUGUCAGCAGUACUCGUGCCCUGUGGCGCAGUGGCAAGUCCCACUGCUUCAGGAGCAGGCCUUUAUGGAUUCCCUAGCCUCCUUCUUGGAUUGCCGCCUAGCAGCGGUUGCAAGGAGUGUAACGCAGCCCGGAGUGACGUAUUCUUCCUCGGGCAUUUGUAGCAGCAGUUUGAGCAUUUGGCAGGAUGCCUGCCCUCAGAGCUAUUGCGCAUCGUUGACCACCGCAGCCAAUAUGUGGAAAGCGGUCGUCGCUGGAAGCAGCACCGGACCGUUCCUGGAUUUCCUUCAGGUUUCUGCGGCCCUUGUGCCAAGCAACUUUGAGUUAGCCAUGAGCUCCCUGGCCAUGGAAACAAGCAGGCCUUCGGAAGCUUCGGAGCUCUUGAACGGCCUCGGCCAGUCAACCUGUGUGGCUCUUCCAUGCAGCAAGCAGCCGCAUGCUCCGCUGCAGGCUUUGGCGGCCAUGGCCCUCCCGUAUGCCGACAGUGCUGAGCCUCGGGCACGCCUGGCCAUUGAAGGUGUACCGUCGCCAAAAGUUCUUUGUGGCGAGCUGGUCGUUGACGACAACCUGGUCCAAGACGAGACCUUAUCGUCGAACAACGCACGGCCUCGACAAGCAGUGAUGCCUGCGGAAGAGGACUUUGAGUCCUCCUCGUGGAUAUCAGCGUGGGACUGCAUCAAGGAUCCCGAGAGUGGCUUCCCGUCUGCUUUCGUUGCGUCUCCGACGGAGCCGCAAGAAGCACCGACUGAGGAAGAAAGCAACUCCGAGCCGGAUGCCGAGGCUGUGGAGGAAGCACCCACGAAGCUGAUGAAUGGCCGACUCCCUGUCAAGCCAACAUCUUCACCACCGAAAGUGUGGAGGCCGCACUGCAGAUCGGUGCCUUUGGUGGCACGCUUGACUGACACGGUGCAGGCUCCAAGUGGUGAGGAGGAGUAUGACCGGCAAGAUAAGCGGCAACGUGAUCACAGCUUGAGCGGUAUGAGGGUUGAAGUCCAGAAGGAGACCAAUGCUCAGAAUGUUGAGCGAAGUGAGGACAGCAAGAGGCAACGUAGAAGACCGCGGAGUCUUUCAACAACGUCUUCAAAGCCUCCACUGCUGCCUUCAGCCAAAGAGCUCCCACCAGUCAAGAGCUUUUCUAUCGGCAUAGAUGGCCAGCCCAAGUCCCGUCUUGUGGGCCGACACCGAACCGCAAUCGCGGCUGCAGCUGCCUUGUCUUUGGAUGCAGAGAUUCCUCUUGGGCCCCUUGAACCCCAAGAGGCAGAGGCACCCGACCUUUUGCAAAGGCCGAGCUUGGAGUCCAUGGCUGCCAUGGCUCGUGGAGACAGUCGUGGAGAUCUUCUCAAACCCAGCCCAGGUUUGCAGAAAGCCCGGCCAUACACGCGACAUCGCGCUGCUAUCCGGGAUGCCAGAGCACUUUGCCUGAAUGCUGAAUCAGACAUAGACAGGCUCACAGCACCCCGCUUACUCAGGGUGCACUCAGUUCCAACUGAAGCUGCAUCAGAGAGCUCCAACAGCUCCAAGAAGCCACCGCGAGCAACGAGCGAAACACGCCAGCGUGCUGUGUCGUCUUCGUGCAGGAUGCGAGCUCAUCUGGAAUCUAGGUCGCCCACGCUGAUCCAUGAUGGCCCAAAGUGCUAG